AUGACUGCCGAAGCUAGAAGAGAGAUUAUCAAGAAUAGCGUUCAACGCCUAUCUAAGCCGAAAAAUGCGAAUGCCGGUGUAUGUCGAAAAGCUAAUUCCGAAAGGAGUACUCCAUUGUCACCUUAUCCAUUAACUGGUGAUGAUACUACAGUUGUUAUCGAGCCCUCUACUCCUUUCGAACCAAUUGAUCCAUCUCGUAUGAUGUUCCCUGAUGUGAGCAAGAGCUGCACAGCGCGCCGUGUACCACAACCUAGAAUUCCAAGAAACCUUUCAUCGAGGCAAACUCUAUUCUCUAAUGGAAACGAUAAAACGCCUGAACACGUUCGCACUAAUUUGCUGAAACGGGCGGGUGACUAUAAGCCAAACAAAGAUGCUGGAGAAGCCACGCAUGCCUUGGAGCCGAAAAUUCUUUCUGAGGCCAUGACAAGUGCAUUGACCGAUGCCCCAACUGUUGCCAUCAACGAACUGAGUCUCAUCGAAGGAAGCUUGACAGUACCUCCUCCGCCGCCUCCUACUGCAGCAGACACGUCUUGUAUCGUGAGUUCUGAAUAG